AUGUAUCGGCCGCAAGAUGGUUUCGUUAGCCAAGUCGGUGCCAGAAUCAUUCUCCGACAUCGACAUUCUACUCGCAUAUACCCAUCCCGUCACUUCUCGCUCAGAGGGAAAGCCCGAUUAUUACGCGGAUAUCUCUUGGACUCGCAAGGAACCUCAAAUACCUGCCCUAGCUGGCCUCUGCGAGUUCUAUUUCGAGUGGGGGUUCAAAGAAUCGAUCAUCAAGCGAUUCAGAACACUCAUAUGGCCGGGGAUUGUUCUUCGCACCUUGCGUCGAUAUAUCCUUGAUGAUGACCCAGAACAGGUGUUUACACUGUUCAGUGGGGAUCACUGGCAGCCAGUUCCUGGAGAUGGGUGGAUGAAGAAGAUACACUCGCAGCGGGAGCAUCAUUCGACCGACGAAACACUCGAGUAUCGUGUCGAGAUCGAUCCUACUGCUCUGGUGAUGUUAGCAGAGGCUGGUGUGAGGGGUAUCCGACGUCACCAUGACGAGGAUAGGAAGGAGAGACCCACAGACCCCCUUCGGCUGUGGUUGCCAGCUGUGGUUGUGCGGCAGGCCAAACCAGAGCUUGUUGAAGCUUAUGAGAAGGUUACGAGGAAGGAUUCAACAAGUCAAGGACAGGACAUCAGGUGGUUCUUCCCACCUGCUGAGAAAUCCAGAACAGCGAUGACUCUGAAGGAUUCACCCGUAGCUAAUGCGGCCAUCACUCCUUCUGCACCGUCUACCUCGACGAAAGCGACACCCUCUCGGAAUACACGGCCGUUCCCAGCAUCGUUGAGGGGAGGUCCGAAAUCCUGA